CUAAGUGGUAAGGAGUGAGACUCUUGUCGUGCACCAGACACCAUGAUGGAUGACUAUCCCAUGUAUGCGUUGCUUGUUGGGUUCUCCCUCUGGGGGACCCUCUGGCGUCUCCUCUUUCCUCUGGGCUUUUGGCCCACUUUCACGUGUAGAGUAGGGACUCGGGGUGGUGCUUCCACCCAACCUUACACGAAGGAGGAGGAGGAGAAGAUGGCCGCCAUUCUGCAGGAGAGAAAGGAGAAGAAGGAGGCCAAGAAGAAAGCCUUGAUGGAGGCACAGGCGGCCAAGUUGAAGAAGAUAGAAGAAGAGAUGGCUAGAGAGAAGGAGAGAAUAAAGAAGGAAGAAGAGGAAAAGUUGAAAGAGGUGGAAGAGGAAGAGGAGGAAGAUGAAACGCCACUGCAGAGGAAGAGAGUGGAGUACAGUGGCAGCAAAGAUGAGGAGAUGGAGAAACGGAUCUCAAAGUGGGUAGCCAGUUUAUCCCUGGGCGAAGAAGAAGAAGUAGCAAUGUACAUAUCCAAGGACGAUCAGGAAGCCGCUAUGAGAGCUUGGGAAGCAGAAAAAGAUGUUGUAAAGCGGCAGGCGUUGGAAGACGAAAAGAGGAUGGAGUGGAAAUUGGCAGUGGUGAGGGAGAAGAAGAGAAGAGUGGACGCGGCAGCGGAGGCGGCAAAAGAGUUGGAGGAGGUACAAAAAAUAGAAGAGCAAUUGGCCGCACUAUAGGAAAGCACAAGGACUUGUCUACCUUCUGGCACAAGGACUUAGACAAAGGGAAGCAAUGGAAAGGCCGCACUAUAUCAGGGCAGGUAAAGACCAAG